UAUAUAUAUAUAUAUAUAUAUAUAUAUAUAUAUAUAUGGUCAUGUCUAAUUUAAAUUCUGUUAUCGAUUAGUUCAUGUAGUUAAAAUAAAAAAUAGCAUGGCUAAAUCAAUCAGUUAGCAAGUCAACCUUAUAUUGUGUAUUUAUGUAUAUGUGCAUAUAUUUAGCGUGUGUUUGCUCGCAUCAAAUAACGCGCGCGUAUCAAAUAAAUUCACUAAUAAUUUCAACUAACUUUAAAACGCACCGAAUAGAAUAACUCAUUGUCAAUUUGAAAAUACUUUUUUUGAUUCAUAUUCACAUUAUUAUUUAGGAAAUUUUGAUACAGUGAAAUUCAACAGCCAGAAAAAUAAUUAUGUCAUCUAACAGAAUUUCUACUUGUCUUCUAAUUUUUAUAUUCUAUAAUACUAUUAUUAUGCAUAGUGUUCUAUCCUUACAAUGUUUUCGAUGUAAUUCAUUUACGGAUAGUCAAUGCUCUAGUGUUACAACGUCUGGCUUACGAGCACAAGUAUGCCCACCACAUUUACAAGCAUCAUGUAAAACAAUUAUUCAGGAUGCACCAUUCGCUUCUGCUGGAACUAAUAAUUCCAAUAAGCCAACAACACGUGUCUAUCGUGAUUGUAGUGCAAUACGAACUGAAGAUAAGCAUUGUAUGGAUAGAGUUGGUACAGAGAAAGUGAAACUACGCUAUUGUAUAUGCGGUGAAGAUGCAUGUAAUCACGGAGCCUUAUCGAAUACAGCUCAAAUACAAUCUAUCCUAUUUACAACAACAAUUACCCUAUUGGCUUAUUUAUAUGCAUCAUAGUUGAAUAGCGAAAAACAAAAAAAAUUAGUCAAAUGACGAGUAGUAAACAAAAAUAUUUAUAAAAUAAAUAAAGAAGAACCAUAAGAAGAAAACAAUACAGAAAUAGAGAACGAUUAUAUCAUCUGUCUUCAGUUUUCUCUCCUCUCUUCCAGUAGAUUUCGUUAUCCUUACUAUUAUUAUUGUUAUUAUCAUUAUUAUUACUAACAUUACUAUGAAUAUUGUUAUUGUAAACUAGAUAAAUUAGUUGGUAUUCUCUUCCUUUGAAAAAAUAACAAUCAAUAAGUAAAUAACUCAAUCAAUCGAUAAGAAAAUUACAUUUUAAUCGAUAUACUACUUACAAAUUCUUGUAAGUAACCCUUCCAUUCUGAUUUCCAGUUUGUUCAAUGUACAAUACAUAUGCAUACUUCUAUAUUUCUAAAACAAAUUCUUAGUAGCUAUGAAUGAAUCCAUUUUAUGUGAUGAGUAAUAGAAAUUAAAAAAAGUUUUUUUCUAAAAUAAAUUUCAAAUUAUGAUAAAUCAUACUCUGUUUGAAUGCAUUAUUUGUAUUAUUAUUAUUAUUUUUUAUUAUUGAUUCAUUGAUUCAAGUAAACUGUGAAUACAAUCACAUUCAGUUUGAUUUGGUCUGUGUGUUUACUGUAGCGGCUAAUCUAGUUUUGUAUUAGAAAAUCGAUAGUAUUUAAGUGAAUUAUUGUUAUAUAAUGUCCAGUGACAAAUUGGUAACUGUAAG